CGUGAGCCACCAUGCUCAGCCUCUCUGUCUUUAAUUUCAUAUGUGUAAAGGCAUUACUUAUUCAAAACAACAAAAAAGGAAGAUUGUGGGCUUAUUUGGUUAGCAGCUCUUUGAAGUGGAACUUUGAUGACUGCCUGAAGCAAAGAACAUCUGCUGGGGAAAAUGUGGUUAUGGGGGGCCCUCAGACUUGGACAAGCACUGGGCCCUAUGCUUUGGAGGGGUCUGAAAUCCAUGGAAUCAUGGGACUGUAGCCACCUGCAGCCCACUCUCCCCUUUUCAGACCAUGCUGUGGGCACUCUAGAAUUCCCUACCCCAAAAGCCAAGCCUGACUCCAGGGUCUGCACAAUCCUCUUCCCAAGUUCAGUCUUCCUGAAGAGUAACCAAAGGGUGAGGCUUGGACAGAAGGCUGGAUAGUGUCUAACAUCAGGCUCAAAAAUUGUGUGAAGCAUUCUCUGACUCUUCCAAGGCAGAAAUGUUAUUUUCUCUAGGUCAAAAUACAUUUUGUCCACAUUCAUCACAUCAAUUAACUGGCUCUAUUGUUAUGUACUAUAUUAUGAUGAUUUAGUUCAAGUACAUUUUCUGAGGUCUCCUGUAGAUUUUAAAAAAACAACUAUGAAUCCAGAUUUUGAAAUUAUUUCUAUCAGCAUGUGUUCUGUACACUGACCCAUGUCGUAGUGUACUGCCGAAGGUUGUCCACACUUAAGCGACCUGGUCAAAACAUAAGCACGUUUUAACAAGACCAUUGAUUAGUUAUGACUACAACUCCCAAGAUGCACUGCAGGGUCAGUCAGUGUGCGCGUCUCGCCUGGUUUUCACCGAUCAGGCUAACGAGCUGCACAGAAGUGGCAGCUGAACGAGCUGAGAGACUGUAUUAAAGAACGAAUAUAGCGGGGAUGGGGAGAGGGCGUCUAUGGUCCCAGCUACUCGGGAGGCUGAGGUGAGAGGAUCGCUUGAGCCCUCAAGGCGGAGGCUGCAGUGAGUCGAGAUAGCGCCAUUGCACUCCAGCCUGGGCAGCAGAGAGACUAUCAAAAACAACAACAAAACGAAUAAAGGGAUUCUACCAAGAGCGAGCUGGUACUGAAAUAAACGACACGCUACUACAACAAGCGCGGGACUAUAUCCAGCGCACAAUGUGCGAUAACAGCCUCAAUGCAGAGAGAAUCUCUCCUUUCCUUAUUCAGUGCAGGAGACCCCUAUAGAGAACGCAGGAAAUGCCCGCGAGAAACUCAGAAGUAUCAAAACAAUCACAGAUAUGUUAGGAAAGUAGCUCCCCGCCACUUCCCUAAAUUUAUCUGCAGAUUUACUUUCCAAGGUUACAAACACAAGAAGAGCACUGUAUUUUCACGAAGCGGAAAAUGUGCUUUACAUUGCCAGCUAAGAGCCUUAACGGUGAAGCCCUCUGCGAGAAACAGGAAAUCGUCAACACACUUUCGAAUUGCCUGGAGAGUUGUGUCCAUAGACAAUUCCUGGUUAGAUGCUUAACUGUAACAGACUCCAUAACGGGGUUUAGCGGGCUUCCAUUCGGCUGAAAGGGCUCCACGUUCUUUCCUUUUUCACUGAAAGGUUUAAACUUAUUUUUCCUCCUCAGGCGGACGGAGAGAGCUUCCUUCUGUCAAGAGCUGAGUUCCUGGAAACGUCACAUACUGGUGCCAGCCAACAACCUGACGAAGUGCGGAACCGGAGUCGCCUUCCCCCUAGCGGCCUCUCGCGGCGCAGGCGGGGACGGGGAGAUCGCGAGAACCUCCCGCCCAAUUGCGACCCCGCGUCAGGAGGCGGGGCCGAAAGAGGAGGAAGUCUCGCUGAGGUACUCCCGCCCCAGUCCAGUACCCCUCCUCGCGAGAGCGCCGAGCAUGCCGGCCUGGGAAGCGCGUGCAGAAGCGGAGGUGCUGUUCAUGGGACUUGUCGGCCGCCGUAGCCCCUGCUAGGACAGCCCGUGCGAGCCUGCUGGAGGAGGAAGAGAAAGGCAGAGAGAGUCGGGUUACAAGAUGGCGGAUCUGUAGUAGUUACUGCGGCGGCGGCGGCGGCGGCGGCGGUGGGAGAGCAAGCGAGCCUUGGGGGGCAAAGGGACGGGAGAGUGGGUGUAUGCGGGGGUGAAGUGAGAGGUAACGGGGCCUCCGGGCGAAGAGGUCUCACUGGCUCUUGUCACCCCUUUUCGCGGCUGAACCUUUGGAGCCAUGGUGAAUUCGGGCCUCUCCGGAGACGCCGCCGCCGCCACCGCCACCGCCACUACUGCCUCUACCGUCUCCCAAGAGUGAGGGGCGCGGACGAGGUGAGCGAGGAGGCGGCGGCUGGAGCGGUGGAGACAGCAGCCACCAUGUCGGAUACGCGGCGGCGGGUGAAGGUCUAUACCCUGAACGAAGACCGGCAAUGGGACGACCGAGGCACCGGGCACGUCUCCUCCACUUACGUGGAGGAGCUCAAGGGGAUGUCGCUGCUGGUUCGGGCAGAGUCCGACGGAUCACUGCUCUUGGAAUCAAAGAUAAAUCCAAAUACUGCAUAUCAGAAACAACAGGAUACAUUAAUUGUUUGGUCAGAAGCAGAGAACUAUGAUUUGGCUCUGAGUUUUCAGGAGAAAGCUGGCUGUGAUGAGAUCUGGGAAAAAAUUUGUCAGGUUCAAGGUAAAGACCCAUCAGUGGAAGUCACACAGGACCUCAUUGAUGAAUCUGAAGAAGAACGAUUUGAAGAAAUGCCUGAAACUAGUCAUCUGAUUGACCUGCCCACGUGUGAACUCAAUAAACUUGAAGAGAUUGCUGACUUAGUUACCUCAGUGCUUUCCUCACCUAUCCGUAGGGAGAAGCUGGCUCUCGCCUUGGAAAAUGAAGGCUAUAUUAAAAAACUAUUGCAGCUGUUCCAAGCUUGCGAGAACCUAGAAAACACUGAAGGCUUACACCAUUUGUAUGAAAUUAUUAGAGGAAUCUUAUUCCUAAAUAAGGCAACUCUUUUUGAGGUAAUGUUUUCUGAUGAGUGUAUCAUGGAUGUCGUAGGAUGCCUUGAAUAUGACCCUGCUUUGGCUCAGCCAAAAAGACAUAGAGAAUUCUUGACCAAAACUGCAAAGUUCAAGGAAGUUAUACCAAUAACAGACUCUGAACUAAGGCAAAAAAUACAUCAGACUUACAGGGUACAGUACAUUCAGGACAUCAUUUUGCCCACACCAUCUGUUUUUGAAGAGAAUUUUCUUUCUACUCUUACGUCUUUUAUUUUCUUCAACAAAGUUGAGAUAGUCAGCAUGUUGCAGGAAGAUGAGAAGUUUUUGUCUGAAGUUUUUGCACAAUUAACAGAUGAGGCUACAGAUGAUGAUAAACGGCGUGAAUUGGUUAAUUUUUUCAAGGAAUUUUGUGCAUUUUCUCAGACAUUACAACCUCAAAACAGGGAUGCAUUUUUCAAAACAUUGGCAAAAUUGGGAAUUCUUCCUGCUCUUGAAAUUGUAAUGGGCAUGGAUGAUUUGCAAGUCAGAUCAGCUGCUACAGAUAUAUUUUCUUAUCUAGUAGAAUUUAGUCCAUCUAUGGUCCGAGAGUUUGUAAUGCAAGAAGCUCAGCAGAGUGAUGACGAUAUUCUUCUUAUUAAUGUCGUAAUUGAACAAAUGAUCUGUGAUACUGAUCCUGAGCUAGGAGGCGCUGUUCAGUUAAUGGGACUUCUUCGUACUCUAAUUGAUCCGGAGAACAUGCUGGCUACAACUAAUAAAACUGAAAAAAGUGAAUUUCUAAAUUUUUUCUACAACCAUUGUAUGCAUGUUCUCACAGCACCACUUUUGACCAAUACUUCAGAAGACAAAUGUGAAAAGGAUUUUUUUUUAAAACAUUACAGAUAUAGUUGGAGUUUCAUAUGUACCCCUUCACAUUCCCAUUCCUAUUCUACCCCCUCUUCCUCCAUCUCUCAAGAUAAUAUAGUUGGAUCAAACAAAAACAACACAAUUUGUCCCGAUAAUUAUCAAACAGCACAGCUACUUGCCUUAAUUUUAGAGUUACUCACAUUUUGUGUGGAACAUCACACAUAUCACAUAAAAAACUAUAUUAUGAACAAGGACUUGCUAAGAAGAGUCUUGGUCUUGAUGAAUUCAAAGCACACUUUUCUGGCCUUGUGUGCCCUUCGCUUUAUGAGGCGGAUAAUUGGACUUAAAGAUGAAUUUUAUAAUCGUUACAUCACCAAGGGAAAUCUUUUUGAGCCAGUUAUAAAUGCACUUCUGGAUAAUGGAACUCGGUACAAUCUGUUGAAUUCAGCUGUUAUUGAGUUGUUUGAAUUUAUAAGAGUGGAAGAUAUCAAGUCUCUUACUGCCCAUAUAGUUGAAAACUUUUAUAAAGCACUUGAAUCGAUUGAAUAUGUUCAGACAUUCAAAGGAUUGAAGACUAAAUAUGAGCAAGAAAAAGACAGACAAAAUCAGAAACUGAACAGUGUACCAUCUAUAUUGCGUAGUAACAGAUUUCGCAGAGAUGCAAAAGCCUUGGAAGAGGAUGAAGAAAUGUGGUUUAAUGAAGAUGAAGAAGAGGAAGGAAAAGCAGUUGUGGCACCAUUGGAAAAAUCUAAGCCAGAAGAUGAUUUUCCAGAUAAUUAUGAAAAGUUUAUGGAGACUAAAAAAGCAAAAGAAAGUGAAGACAAGGAAAACCUUCCCAAAAGGACAUCUCCUGGUGGCUUCAAAUUUACUUUCUCCCACUCUGCCAGUGCUGCUAAUGGAACAAACAGUAAAUCUGUAGUGGCCCAGACACCACCAGCAACUUCUAAUGGAUCCUCUUCCAAAACCACAAACUUGCCUACGUCAGUAACAGCCACCAAGGGAAGUUUGGUUGGCUUAGUGGAUUAUCCAGAUGAUGAAGAGGAAGAUGAUGAAGAAGAAACGUCCCCCAGGAAAAGACCUCGUCUUGGCUCAUAAAAUAUUUAUUAGGGGACCCUCAACAUGUGGUCUUACAAUGCUGCAACUGUUCAGUGAGCUGAAAAUCUGAAUCAGAAAGUUUUCUCAAUUGAACUUAUAAAAUAUACAAGGAGUAGCAAAAGACAGUAUAUCAGCUAAGAGAGUUUAGUUCUAAUAAAAAUCAGGCUUCCCAGGAACUUGAUUGCUUGCUAGUAAUUAAGGGGUUUGCCUUUUAGGCUGUCAAAACAAACGUUAGUAACCAGAACCUAGGAGACAGCUUCUCAGCAAGGAACAGUAACAGGUUUGGGGACGGUUUAGGGGAGGGGAAAGGUUGAUAAAAUAAUGCAGGGUUGCUCCUCGGGGUGUCGAUCUAGAAACAAUUUUACAGAACUUCAUUUGUAAACUCAAUAACAUUACUUGUAUAAUGGUGCUGGCCAUGUUGUUUUAAUCAGUUGCCUCUUUUUAAAAGAAAUUUUUAUGGAAAACACGUUCAACUGUCAUUUAAAAAAUGAAGUUAAGCUGUUGGGACCAUUUCUUUAAGAUUUAACAAAAGUUCAGCCUUUUAGGUAGUUGAAGGGAAGUACACCCUGUAUUCAGCACAUGUUGAGUUUUCUACACCAGGAAUUUUCUAUAUGUAUAUUGAUGAAAACAAGCUCAAUUCAAACUGGACAGUUUUAAGAUAACGUUGAAAUCAGCACUUUUAGAGACAACGAAGGCCAAGAAUCAGUACAGUAGUAUUCCAAAGUGAUUUUCUCUAGAAAUUUGAAAGUGGAUCGAACAGAAUGUUUUCAACCACCUACCAGUACAAUCUUUUGUGGAAGAUACUUUGAAAUCACUUUCUACUUUGUUAGUAAAGUUCUCUCUCUUUCCAGAGCUGCAAGUUUUAAAGUGUUACUUAUACAGACCAACAAAGAAUAGUGCUGAAUUAAGUGGCAUUUAGUAUCUAGAAGCCAUUUUGAUGCAAGAAGCUACUCAAGUGUCAAAGUCAGCAUGCAGCACAUGUAGCUUUCCUGUAAACAAGGGUGUGAUAUGAAAGCUGCUUUUUUAAGAAGAGUAAAAGCACAUUCCAUGUACGUAAGUGAAUUUUAAAAAUAAAUUGAGGCAAACAGUUAAGUUUUAUUUUUAGAGCAACAAGUUAACUGUAAAUAUUUUAAUGUUAGUUUGCUCAUCUAUGAUCUGAGAUCAUGCCGAAGUGAGAAAAAUGUCCCCAAAAUACAAUUUAAUUCAUUGGAAAAAAAAUUUUUAACAGUAAUUCCAGCCACAAUCUUUAGAUCACCCUUGUAAUGUGUUACGGGUCCAUUUUUCCUGGAAUAGUUUAAUCUGAAGCAGUUUCCCCUGUUUUGGAGAUUUUGUAGUUAAUUUUAAUUUUGGCUAUUGUUUGGAAAAGAUGAGCUGUCUGUGUAGAUAUGAAGUAUAGUUUUUCCAUAAAACAGAUGUUUAUUUUGUAUUAAAAAUACCACUGUACUUGUUUUACACCAUUUGUAUACAUGUGGUGAUAUUAAUGCGAAACUGUAAAAUUCAGGAAUUAAAAUGUGACCCUGUAAUUCCAUAAUUGAUGUUUGUGUUUGGUUUGUUGUAAAUAUAAAUUAACUCCAUUUUGAGAUAUGUCAAUUUUACAGUAUCUUUUAAAAGCCAAUAAAAUUAUCCAUAAAUAUUUAUUAUAAACUGCUAGGUCAUACCCCAAUUUUAAUGAAAUAAUUCUAAACAAAUGCGGGUCAACGGCACUUUAUCACUAACUACUUACAGAAGGUAAGCCUUGGGGAAAUCAUAGCAUCACACUAUGGAGCUUUUCUCACCUCUUCAAUUAAAGGUGUACAUAUAAUAAGAAAGAAAGACCUUCCACCUCAUAAAGGCAGGUGACUCGGGAUAUUUUAAACUAAGAUCAGUAAAGUUCCCAUCCACUUUCUUUGAAUCAGCAUUUAUCGAGACCCAUCUCUCAGCUUUUAGUAAAUUUAUUCUUGUAAUAAGCCCACGUGUAAAACACUUUCCUAGUUACUUUUUGUUUGUUUGUUUGUUUGAGUCUCACUCUGUUGGCCAGGCUGGAGUGUAGUUGCACGAUUUUGGCUUAUUGCAGCCUCCACCACCUGGGUUCGAGCAAUUCUCUGCCUCAGCCUCCUGAGUAGCUGGGAUUACAGGUGCCCAUCACCAUGCCAGGCUAAUUUUUGUAUUUUCAGUAGAGAUGGGGUUUCACCGUCUUGGCCAGGCUGGUCUUAAACUCCUGACCUCACAAUCCACUCACCUCAGCCUCCCUAUCUCUGUAUCUUAUGAAGACUUCCUUUUUCUUUCUGAAGAGCUGCCAUAAGUCUUAAACAUUUAAAUCAUCAGAACCUUUUCUUGUAGCAGAAAUGUGAAUGUUUUCUUGAAGUACAGGUUACAGUUUUCAUGGUACAAGUGCUUACCUACAACGAUAAGAGAACAAGGCUUAAAAUAUCCCUUAAAAGAACAAUCGUGAGAAUUCCACGUUAGCGGCUGUCUUUAAUUGACUACGCUCAGACAGAUCUGGGUUUUUAUAUCUUUAUCUUCAUUCAGUGAAGCAAGCCAAGAGCCUACAUUUGUAUGCCUUAGGUCCUCUUAAAAUGGUAUCUGUAAACAUGUGUCCAAUGUGAAAACUAUUUUUAAUAAAAAGUUACAUGAAA